UGCGGUGAUCGUGCCGCGCGCUCCAGUCUCAGCAGCAGCAGCGGAGGAGAAACGUAUAAUCCGCUCGUUAGUGCUGGACAGCGACGCGACACGAGCGAUUUUAACCAUUCUAUGCAGGAAAUCGGACACCAGGACACAUAUUUCAGCAGAGCCCGUGUGUGUUUAAGCGCACCGGUGUUUAGAGACGGAUGUGCGGCUGCCAGGCCGGACGCUGUCGGAUGGGAUUCCCGGAGAGAAACCGAGCGUCGCUGUUGUAAAUAAUUAAACAUCGGCGUGAUCAACAAAAAAUGCAUCUGCACCAGGUGCUGACGGGGGCCGUUAACCCGGGGGACUGCUGCUAUUCCGUGGGAAGCGUCCACGACGUCCCGUUCACGGCCUAUGGCUCAGGCUGUGAUAUCGUGAUCCUUGCAAGUGAUUUUGAGUGUGUUCAAAUUAUUCCUGGAGCUCAGAAUGGAAACAUCCAGGUGGGCUGUGUGGAGUGCUCUCAGCAGCUUGGCCGGAUUGCUGCAUCCUAUGGAAAUACCGUUUGUAUUUUUGAACCAAUAGCUUCAAACCCAAACAAACGUCACAAGCAACUGAAUUACCAGUGGCAGAAGACUGGUCAGUUCUUUCUCAAUGCUAUAACCUACAAUCUGGCCUGGGACCCGCAAGGCAAUCGUAUCUUGGCGGCGACUGAGCGUUUGCAGCUGUGGGCUCCUCCAACCAGUGACACGCUGAUAGAGGAAGAGGACAGUCAGCUGAAUGAUGAUAGAGCUCAUGAGCUGAUGCUCAACGACUGGAAAUGUGUCUGGCAGUGCAAGACUGCUGCUGCUGUUCAUAUUACUCAGUGGUCUCCAGAUGGAGAAUAUUUCGCCACAGCUGGAAAG